UGUUCAGGAGCACAGUUCUAAUAAUAGUAAGUGAGGUUGAUAAACACAAGCAUAGAACACUAUUGAACAUCAACAUGUCUUCGAACACCAGCUCAGAUGAGCCCGUUGCUAACUAUACAACGCCCGUGGUGGAGCUACCGACAGUUCGGCAACUUAGGGAGAUAUCAGAAGAGCUUGGCUUCAACCUAACCGAGGAUCAACUUGAACAACAUCGAGAUUACUUGAAGGGGUUUUGCGAGGCUUAUCAAAAGUUGGAAGAACUGGUUGAGCCAACACUUGAAGUUAAAUUUCCUCGCACAUCGGGACACAAACCAACAAAGGAAGAAAACCCCUACAAUGCCUGG